UUGUUUACAUGACCAGUAUAUCCUGUUUCUGCCGAUGCUAACGUAGCUGAGAGAAGUGAAAUGAUUUUUAUUAGUAGAUAAUUUGCUUUCUAACAUUCAUUUGUUGUCUGUGAGCAACAUUAAGUUGCCGACAAGUUUGUGUGACGAACAGCUUCACGGAGAGUGAAUCCGUGUAAAUGGCGUCGGUAAAUGAUCCAUUCCAGUUUAAAGAAUUUGAAGAAGCUGGCAAUCUAUUGGAAGCCAACAGAGAUGCUAUCACCAUAAGCAUUGAAGACGACGACAUCCAACCUGAGAGGAAGGGAAAAGCAGCUGGUUUCUCUCCUGAUGUAAAUGAUGAGGACCCACUUGCCAGUGAUGACAAGGCUGAGCUUCUCUCUGGGCAAAAGAAAAGUGUCCCUUUCUGGACAUUUGAGUACUACCAACGAUUUUUUGACAUCGAGACCCAUCACGUGAGGGAAAGAAUCAUUGGAUCAAUGCUUCCAUGGCCUGGAAAGAACUUCAUUCAUCUUUACCUUCGCAGAAAUCCUGAUCUUUAUGGACCAUUCUGGAUUUGUACCACCCUUGUGUUUGCCAUCGCCAUCAGUGGAAACAUUUCCAACUUUCUGGUGCACUUUGGCCAACCACAUUAUAAGUAUACCCCUGAGUUUCAAAAAGUGACCAUAGCUGCAACAGUGAUCUUCAGCUAUGCUUGGUUUGUGCCCCUCGCCCUCUGGGGUUUCCUGCUAUGGAGAAACAACAAGAUCAUGAACUUGGUGUCCUACUCGUUUAUGGAGAUCGUCUGUGUGUAUGGAUAUUCUCUUGCAAUUUACAUACCAGCAGUGGUCCUGUGGAUCCUCCCGUUUGAAUGGCUGCAGUGGUGCACCAUCGUAGUGGCGCUCUGCCUCUCUGGCUCAGUUCUGGUGCUGACUUUCUGGCCUGCAGUCAGGGAUGACCACCCCAAAGUUAUGAUAGCAGUCAUGUCUGCUAUUGUUGUGCUCAACGCCCUGCUUGCUGUCGGCUGCAAGGCCUAUUUCUUUCACUCACCACAACCAGAGCUACCACCUGACAAGUCUGUUGUGACUGUGGUGGCUAAGGCGCCGUCCUCGACAUGAAAGCCUUUCAUUGUCUAAAGCUUCUCCUGUUGCCUUAUUUGAGAGACUCGGGUUGCUGUGGUGAUGAAGUCACUGGUCGUCUGGAUUUCACCUGCACUCGCACAUUCUGGCACAUGACCUUAAAACCCUGUGCGGAUACUUGGUUCAAGUGCAUGACCUCUGAAAAUGAACACUGGUACCAGCUAUGUCAUUUCUAAUGGAAUGGGUUCUAAACUUAAAGAUGAAUGGGAUAUGGUGUUACAGCACAAAGAUCUCCUGUAAGAUGGUAGUUUUCUGCUUUAUAGUUUUUCUCUGUUAAAAUAUUUAGAUAACCAGUCUGUGCAGUAAUGUUGAUAAAAUCAAAGGCAUUUUGUAUAUUCAUUUUUUAUAUUCCGUUAAUGGUUACUGGCUUGUAUGUUCUGUGUAAAGAAUAUUGGGUUUGAACAGCACAACAAUAACAGGUGAUAUUCAAGGUUUGGGCUUAUUAUGUACAAAUAUUAUAUUUUCCUUUAACUGAUAACCCUAAGUGCCCUCAAUUAAUGCCAAAGACUCGUUCUGAUGUCCAAGGCAACUUGUGUAACUAUUUUUAAAUUAAUUUGUUUUUAUUGUGACAAAAAGCAUUUGAUAAAAUGUAUACGAUUUAAUAUAUACACUGUUUCAAAAUCAAAAAUGAAUCAUGAUCUUUGUGGGACCCACCUUUAUUAAUGAAAACAUCAUUAUUAAAGGUAUUAUAACACUCA